AUGGGCUACCCGGACACCUUCGAAGGCUUUAUGGUCACCUCGCAUGCCAAGUGGAGUGACUUUGUAAAGCAAGAGUUCAAACCAAAGCCAUUAGGCACUAGAGAUGUGGAAAUUUCAAUUGAGGCCUGCGGUGUGUGUGGAAGUGAUGUGCACACUAUCACAGGCGGCUGGGGCGAGGCCAAGCUUCCCGUCUGCGUCGGCCACGAAGUUGUUGGCAAGGUUGUAAACGUCGGUCCUCAAGCAUCGACCGUGAAAAUUGGAGACCGCGUAGGUGUUGGAGCUCAGGUCUGGGCUUGCCUCGAGUGCGAUGUCUGCAAGUCCGGCAAUGAGAACUAUUGCCCUCAGCAAGUCGACACAUACAACUGCUACUAUCCCGACAAUACAAUGGCUUAUGGCGGAUAUGCUAGUCACAUCCGGGCUCAUGAAUAUUUCGUCUUUGCUAUCCCCGACAACAUUGAAUCUAGCCUUGCCGCACCUAUGUUGUGCGCGGGUAUUACCUCCUACAGUCCACUUUCUCGUGCAAAGAUCGGACCCGGCAAGCGCGUUGGUGUUGUCGGAAUUGGUGGCCUGGGCCAUUUCGGUAUAUUGUUUGCGGCUGCUAUGGGAGCGGAGGUCUACGCCAUUUCGCACUCCCCGAAGAAGGAAGCCGACGCAAAGGCCCUGGGUGCCAAGGGCUUCAUAUCAACUAAGUCGGAGGGAUGGAACGAACCCUGGAAGUUCAGCUUCGACUUCAUCCUGAACACAACCGAUGCUACCGACCGUUUUGACAUUACUGCCUACUUCAGCACUUUGAAGAUCAAUGGCACAUUCCACACUGUUGGAAUUUCGGAUAAGGGGUUUCCUCCACUGAAGACACAGGAUAUGAUGGGGACCGGCUGUUCCAUUUCUGCUAGCCAUAUUGGCAGCAGGGAAGAGGUUCAGGAGAUGUUGAAACUGGCUAGCUCUCAAAAAAUCAAGAGUUGGGUGGAGACGAUUGAUAUCAGCCAAGAGGGAUGCAAGGCUGCCGUGGAGAAGGUUUACAACGGCGAUGCCAGAUACCGCGUCACCCUCAUUGGCUACGAUAAGGUCUUUGGCAAGAGAGUCUGA